UGCCCAAUCGUGCAUUCUUUCUCUGCCAAGGAUAUUAUAGACUAAUAAUCCAGUUAUCCAUAAGAGAGUUGUAUAAAGAAUAGCAGAUGCAGGAAUCAAUUGAUGUGCAUGAAUUCAACUGUCUUAUCUUUAUUUUUAGAUCGAAAUCUUAUAAACCUGAAAAUGAUGCUUGUGAUUUCUAAUCAAAUGCUUAUACAAUUCAUGUAAACAAAUAGUGAUACUCUGCAAUGUUCUUUGAUGAAUAAAGUUCAUCUUCAUGAGUACGAUUAAGUGGAUAAAAAAGCCAGCUUUAAUAGGAUUGGUAUCCGAAAAUUUUAAAAUUUUAAACAGGAAUAUCCAUACAUUUAAAAUCGAAAAACUUAUCCAAAUAUGAAUCAAAUCCAUUGAUUUUCAGACAUGCUUGAAAAUCUGACAUCUCCUAGGAUAUGUCACUCAUAUGAAGUUUGAAGCCUUGGCUAGGUUUCGUAUAGCAAAAGCCGAAAGGGCUCUUCCAAGGUCAGCUCCAUAGUCUUAUUUUUAACUCCAAGGUGAUGGAUGUCAUUAUAAUUCAUUGUUAAUAAUAAGAAAGUGGCCCUCACGUAAACAAAUAGAGAAUGAAAGACGAGAAGGUUGGUUAUAUAGUUGGUAGUUAGUAGCCUCCACGUCUAUCAAAAUUUGAAAGCUUUCCCCAACUAUAUAUACCAUCGCAGGGAGUAACCCUCCAUCCCACAAGUCUCAGCUUUUUUCUUGAUCUUCUCUCCAAGCUCCAAGCUGAUAUCCCUGAAAAAUGGCUAGCAGCAGUCACCUAGCAGUUUUCAUCUCGUCACUGUUGCUUCUCCCAUUGGUCUUCCCCUCCAUAGCUGCUUAUGGAGACCUCCUAAAAGAGAUGAAAACUGAGGUAGUUGUGGAGGGAAUGGUCUACUGCCAGAGCUGUGAUUAUUAUGGAUCAUGGUCCUUGUUGAAAGCAGAACCAAUCGCUUCAGCUAAAGUUAGUGUCAUCUGCAAAAACAAAAAGGAUCAAGUUAGCUUCUACAAGGCUUUUGAAACAGACGGGAACGGCUACUUCUUUGCUGAACUUGAAGGGUUCCAAAUGAGCCAUUCUCUUUUGGACCAUCCUCUCCAAUCUUGCAAUGUCAGGCUUGUUUCAUCACCUCUUGAGAACUGCAACCUCCUCUCUAACAUUAACAAUGGACUCUAUGGCUCCCCACUGCGUUAUGAAAGCAAGAGACUCUACAGAAAGGAUUAUGAGGCUGUGAUCUAUGCUGCAGGUCCCUUGGCUUUCCGACCAGCACAUUGCCCUGCCCCAACUCACAAUUAACGUCACUACCGAUUA